ACAAGAAGAGCAGAGAACAAACAAAGGUGGGAAGGCAGAGCAGCCACCGCUGUGGAACGGACAGACAGAUGCCUGUGUGGAAAGAGGGCAUGAGAAUGAAGGCUAGCGAGUGCUCACAGUGUGCCAGCCUCUGGGCUAAAAUGCCUUUUACUGAGUAAAACAAGGAAAGCCCAUUUAAUCCGAAAAAGCAAAUGUACUGCUGUCCUCCUUCUGUAGGUAAGGACCCUGGACACAGAGAGGACUAACUGUUGGCCACACAGCCGGUGGGGGUGCUGGCUUACUACCACCUCUGCACACUGUGUGCUCCAGACUGCGUGCUGUGCCCAGCAGACGGUUGGCACAGACAAGGUUGGGGGUGUGGUACUAUUGGUGUGAUUGUUUUCUGUAUGUGCAAAACAAGGAUUACAAUCCGGGGUAAUAAGCACAUGCCUUAGUAUGCCUGGGAGAGUUACACACGGUACUGCCGGCAGAGUGAUUGAACCAGAGCCCAGAGGACAGUCAGAAAUGCUGUUGUUAUUAUUACUAAUGAAUGAAAACAAAGAUAAAUGUGAGAAAUCUAGAGCCAGCUUAGGUGGUAAGGGCACUUGUUAUCAAGCCGAAUGACCUGAGUUUGAUCCCUGGCAUCUCCACAGCGUUAGGAGAGAAUCAACUUCCUCAGAGUUGUCCUCUGACCUCCACUCAUGUGCUGGGACAUACGGCCCUCCCUAGCACACAAAAAAGAAGUGUAAUUUUAAAAUAGUUUUAAGUCAGAGAUGUAAGAAAACAUUGCUCCCCGUCCCCGGUUAAAAAAAGAGGAUCCAAGGGCUGGAGAGAUGGCUAAGCCAGUAAGGUGUUUGCUGUGUGAGCCUGAGUCCCUGGGCUUGGAUCCCCAGAACCCACCUGAAAAGCUGGGCACGGUGGCACACACCUGUACUCUCUGUGCUUGGGGAAGCAGAGACAAAAGGGAUGCCGUGAGCUCACUGACCAGCUGGAAUUGCCAAGCCAGUGAGUCCUGGCUUCAGUGAGAGACCCCCGUCUCCAAAUCUAAGGUGUAGAGUCAUGGAAGAAGACGCCAGAUAUCAACCUCUGGCUCCACAUGGGCAUGCACACAAACAUAUCUGUUUCUAUACAACACACACCUACAGAGGACCCAGAACUUGGGUGCAGAGGGUUGGAUGGGUAUCCCAUGUUAGCUGUUCUUUUGAGGUCCUCGCUUCUAAUCUUUCUCACAAGGAUGGGGAAAUCACUAAUUCCUCCCCCAUCUGUCAAUUCCUUGAAAUUUAGGGAUUUGUCUCAGAAGGGGCUGGCCAGCCCCUCUCCUUAGAAAUCCCCUCUUCGUUCCCAGGAUGGAGGGAAGGGAAAGAUGGAGGGGGCUGUUCUAGCCCAGGCUCUCUCCUCCAGCUGUUCCUCUGACCUAGGCACUGGAUUUGAGAAAUGGGCAAUGCCUUGUAGAUGCAGGUGGUUGAGUCGCAGGGGCCCAAGAGGUAGGACAAGGGUCCUGGGCCCUGUCCUUAGGAACCUUCCCUUCCAGCCCUGCUUGUCAACUCCACUCCUAACUCUCUCCCACCCUCACCAGCACUUCUAAGGCCCGGGCCUGCGGCUGACGGUGCCAAUGGUACUAACAAGAGACAGCACACACCCUCUCCCUGGAAAUGACAGGACACAGCGUUUCUAUUUUUUUAUUUUUUUGGCCAGACUGUGGAAGUUCUCAGAGCUAAAGCCAAAGAAAGCAGAGGGAAAGCCACUGAGUGAGGGGAAGAAGGAAGCCAAGGUCAUGUUUUGCCAAAAGAAAAAAAAAAGGGGUAGAGGGGGGUAAACGGGAAGACCCAAAUGGGCCAUGGCGGGGAAUUUUGGGACAGAAAGUGAAAGCUUGGGGCAUAAAUUGGAGCCAGUGGCAGCCUCACACAGGCUCACACGGGCUCACACAGGCUCACAUCCUCUUGCCUCUGGACCCCAUCACACCACUCUAGGACACCCAUCACUCUCUGUACACCCCGCAGAGCCUGAGCCUCUCACAGAUUCCUGCACACACCCAGGAACUCUCAGGCCUGCACAUUCUCUGUGGCCCUGCCUCAGAUCACCUGCCAUGGCACCCGGUGCGGCCCCACUACUGGCCUUCAGCCUGCUGGUUCUCGGGACCUUCCUAGCCCCAGCUCUUGGGGGUGCUAACGAUGCGGAAGAUUGCUGCCUGUCUGUGACCCAGCGCCCCAUCCCUGGGAACAUCGUGAAAGCCUUCCGCUACCUUCUUCUCAAGGAUGGUUGCAGGGUUCCUGCUGUUGUGUUCACCACACUAAGGGGCUACCAGCUCUGCGCACCCCCAGACCAGCCUUGGGUGGAACGCCUCAUCCGAAGACUGAAGAAGUCCGCUGCCAAGAGCAAGCACAACAGCGGUUAACCAUGACAGCACCAAAGGAGCCCUGUGUCUUGAGAAAAGGGAUAUGAAUCGCCCUGGCCCUAGGAACCAAGGACCAGAAGAGAAGACCAGGCCUCCUGAUCCUCUGCUCCAGACCUAACCCAGGCGGGGCUGUGCCUAGAGAAUCAAUGUGAAUGUGGGUGUGAACAAGAGUUUGUGUGCCGAGAGAGAGCACAGUCUCUCCAAGGCUAGACUGCAGUGCUUCCAAUAAAGCUGUUUGGUACCCGUGGAUCUGUCUGUUCACUCUCCCCAGGAGAACAGGAAUAGGAUGGGAGGAGGUGGAAUGGCAGGCUAUAUUUUGCACCCUGAGUUCUAAGCAAUCUGUUCACCGGCCUCCACCUAACACCCUGACGCUCCCAGAACCAGCCCCACAAUUAAGGACCUAGCUCAUGUUUCCCCAGCCCAUUAUACUGCAUUCAGCUACACAAAACUUGCAUCAGCUCUCGGAACAAAGUCCCCAAGAAGCCUCAGAUCUUUCAGGCUUUGGCAUCCAGGGGUUUGAUCAUCCAGGUGUCUCAGGGAUGAGGAGUAAGGAGCUUCGAUGGGGAUGAGAGGGUGUGCCUCUGCUGUCUAGACCUGCUCAGCCACCGAGUUGUUCCCUCUUCUCCCUCCUCUGCCCUACUGGCUUCCUUCUGGGUCUGGAUGUUUCCUCCUCCAGGAAAUCAUCCCUGACUCAGACUGGGUUAGCUUUGCUUCCUCCCAAAUCUCCAUGGCUCUGCACCUUGUUCUCCCCUACACAACACCCACCUACACACACACACACACACACACACACACACACACACACACACACACAGAAACUCAUUACAGUAACCUGUUUUGCUAGCUCGCCCUUCUCCCUGGACAAAGGUCAUAUCUGUGUUGGUUUCCAACAGAUAGGGAGUCAAUAACAUUUGCUUAGAGAAUGAACAAAUAUGAGAGAACGGGAUCAACAACCGUGGAGGAUAGCCCCAUCUUCUAUUCCAUCCAUUCUAAAUCUGACCUCCAGACCAGAUGUCCCGAGCAGGGUCCUGUCCCAUCAGAGCAAUCCUGGGGCCAGAUAUCAAAGACACUGACUGGGAGCCAGGGAUUGGGGAAGGAAGACAGGCCCAUGGGGUGGAAGAAAGAGCAGCCAGGGACACUUGCAAGAUCCAGCAUGGAAGAGCCUGGUGGCCAUCACCUCUGUGCACACAGGCAACACUGGGUCUUAGGGAAAGAGUCUUGUCUGCAGGACAAAGGCCCUGUGGCUCUUGGAACAGUCCACAGCAAUGCUCUGUGCCUGGGAGGCUUCCUAUGGAAGCUUCCAGAGGGUGACCUCCUCCAAGGGCCUGUCCAGUGGGAGUGGCAAGUCUGAGUUGCUAGGAUCAGACAGAUUCUCUUCGCCUUGCCUGGGAAGAGAAGCCAUCAUUAUAUCAGAUAUACAUCAGCCAGUAACCAAGUCAGGCCUGGCUGGACAGGCCUUUAAAGCGAAGUUGUAGUGAGGGGAUCGUGCUCCCCCACCCCUCUCCAGCUCUCAGGCAUCCCUGUCUUUGCUGUCCAGACAGGUGUUGAAUCAUCCAGGUGUCUGAGAGAUCAAGUGUCAGUGAGAGAGGUGGCAGGAGAGAGGGGUGAAGAGGAGGGGCAGAAGUCUAGAGUGACUGGAGGUGUGGCAGCCUCUUCCUCAUCUUCCACAGACAGGUGUUCAAAACCUCAAGUAUCUCAGGUCUCAGAGUCACAAAGGGCUAGAAAAUUGUUUCUACUGCCUGAGGUAAAUUACCCACUCAUUCAUGCAUCCAGCCUGCAGCUGCCAUCCAUCCAUUCACCACCCCCAUACCCAUUUCCCGUGUACCAAUCCAUUAAUCUGUAGAGUCACCCAGCCAUGGAGCACUCUGCCUCCCACAGACAAAAGAUAAACACAGAUGGGGCGGGAGAUGUUGCCUCAGAUCUUGUUCAGGUCCCGAGAAGUCAGCUUGCCUUGAAAGCAGACAUAAAUCCUCACUCUGGUGCCUCUGGCCUCAAGAGGAAUAUGAAGAACAGAAGAAGCAAGUAUGAAGCCCUGCCCAAGGUGCUACCAGGACAGAAGCCCUUGGACAUUAUCUCCGUGGCAGUGAUGGGGGGGAAGUUGAAGAGCAAAUCCUGAUCCCAGUGUCUGGGUCCAUCUCCACCUUAUCACUGAGUGACACUGGGCAAGUUCCCUCCACAUUCUCCAGCCCAGGGCUCCAGUGCCCGGUGUCCAGUAGCAGGGAAGGGCCUGACCAGGACUCCAGUGCCUGGUGUCCAGUAGCAGGGAAGGGCCUGACCAGGGUUCCAGUGCCCUGAGUCCAGUAGCAGGGAAGGGCCUGACCAGGGCUCCAGUGCCCUGAGUCCAGUAGCAGGGAAGGGCCUGACCAGGGCUCCAGUGCCCGGUGUCCAGUAGCAGGGAAGGGCCUGACCAGGGCUCCAGUGCCCGGUGUCCAGUAGCAGGGAAGGGCCUGACCAGGGCUCCAGUGCCCGGUGUCCAGUAGCAGGGAAGGGCCUGAUUGUUGAGUCUUUCGAAAGACUUGACUUCUGGAUCUUCAGAGCUCACACUAAACCUUCAACUUGGUACAGGCUUCCCCAACAGCCGGCACACCUAGAAACGUUCCCACUUCUUAGGACCCCAGGGCUAUCUUCUGGAGGCUAAGGGGGGAUAACCUAGGGGCUAGCGGCAUGCCUUGUAUCAGGUAGUCUCCUGCUUGACUAGGAAAGCCUGGGAAAUUCAGAAUUUAGGGCGUGAACACCCCGUAAGAGACA